AUGGGUCUCUUGCAUGGUGGUGGCUCGUUUGCAAAGUUGAAAUGGAAUGUGCAUGGUGGCUCGUUCUCUCUAGCAAAGUUUAAAGAGGAGUCUUGUUUGGUACCAAUGCAUGGUUUAUUAUAUUACCAUUUCUCAACGACCACAACAGUUGGAAACUACUUCAUCAGACCGCAUUUACUAAUAGAGAGGAGAAGUGCAGUCGAGAACUUUAUUGGAAAGAAGAUUGCCAAAAACUGUGAAGGACUCCCUGCAGCAAUUAUACAGGUUGGAGAGAAUCUACGUGGAAAAUCUUUUGAAGAAUGGAAAACAUUAUCAGAAAAAGAAGAUCCACUCGUCAUCACAAGAUAUGACGAUACGCCACUCUCAAAGGCACUGUUUUUUAGUUACAUGAUGUUGCCUCAGCAUCUAAAGCCAUUCUUUAUGUAUAUGGGUGUGUUCCCAAAACAUUAUGGGAUUUCUCGAUCAAAGCUCAUCAAAUUAUGGGUCUCUGAGAGCUUUCUGGGGACAGAACCGGGGAUUGAAGAAAUUGCUGGAAACGCCUUGGGUCUGCUUAUUGUGCAAAGUGUUGUUUUGAAAGAAAAACACGCCUCUGUAGAUAUGUAUAAAUGUAAGAACACUAGCCUGCAUUUCACCUUUCGAAGUUUAUGUGUUAGUGAAGCUAAGAGUGAAAAGUUUUUUCAUAUCUUGAAAAAGUACACCGAUUGUACUCCAGAGAACAUCAAAAGGCAGCAGCGUUUGUGCAUCCACAAUAAUGUUGUUCUUGCUUUCACACAAGUUCAUGAAUGGAUGGAAUUGGUUCCGAAUGCACAAUCUCUUCUUUGUUUCGGUCCAAAACAACAAUAUCCAGUAUUGUUGCCCUUUUGUUUUAGAUUGCUCAAGGUACUAGAUGCACUUGCGCUCCGCUUCUACGAGUUCCCACAUCAACUACUUGCGUUAGUUCACUUGACGCACCUUUCCAUCACGUGUGACAGAGAGCUCCCCAACUACAUCUCCACACUUUCAAACCUUGACGUAUUGAUUUUCACUCGCUAUCAUAACAUCAAAUUUUCGAAUAAUGGUCCAGUUUGUCUGCCUAUAGAUAUCUGGAACAUGCAUAAACUGAGGCAACUUUAUUGCGAGGGCUUCGACCUCCAACCUCCUCCAGAUAAUUCUCAUCUUGAGAAUCUUUUAACAGUUUCGGGUGUGAGUGCUCACAGUUGUAUCACAGAGGUGCUUUCAAGAAUCCCCAAUUUGAACAGAAUAGCCGUUCAGAUUGAGUCGACACACGACUCAACCGAAACCUUCAAUUUUUUCGGUCACUUUGCCUCUGUCUAUGAGGAAUUUGAGUCAUUCAAAUGUGUCGUUGUAAAUCCUAAUCUGAGCUCUCAAAUUGUUCGUUCAGUUCCGAACUUUCCUAUGAACAUUAGGAAGAUAAGCCUGAGUGGAUGUGGAUAUCCUUGGGAGAAUAUGGAAGUGAUUGCUUCAUUACCGAAUCUUAUAGCGCUCAAACUGCGAUGGUAUGCCUUUUGCGGCCCUCUGUGGAAAACCAGCACAGGACAGUUCCCCAGUCUGGAGUUCUUGCUGCUGGAAGACUUGGAUAUAGAGAACUUGGAACUUGACAUUCCAUACUUAAGGUGGGUGAUUGUUAGGCAUUGUUAUAAAUUGGAAAACAUCUCGAAUCAAUUCAAGAACACUGGACUACUAGAGGUAGAUGAUUGCAACCCAUCCUUUAUGAAGAAAAUGCGCGAGUGUCGAUCCUUUUUGGGUGCAGAAGCUAAAGUAGGUUCUUCAAGUACGGAUCUAUAA